GUGUCCGGGGCGUGGCCGCGCCGGAGGUCUGGAGACACUGCUUUGGAGAUUUUGCUUUGACGCUAAAGUUGCGUAUCUCGUCCCGCCGCCUCCGCCAUGGGCCUGGAGCUCUACCUGGACCUCCUGUCCCAGCCCUGCCGCGCCAUCUACAUCUUCGCCAAGAAAAACGGCAUCCCCUUCCAGCUGCGCACUGUGGAGCUUCUCAAGGGCCAGCACCUCAGUGAUGCCUUUGCCCAGGUGAACCCCCUGAAGAAGGUGCCAGCUUUGAAGGAUGGGGAUUUCACCUUGUCUGAGAGCGUGGCCAUCCUACUCUACCUGUUUCACAAGUAUAAGGUCCCUGACUACUGGUACCCUCAGGACCUGCAGGCCCGUGCCCGUGUGGAUGAGUACCUGGCAUGGCAGCACACUGCCCUGAGGAGAAACUGCCUCCGGGCCCUGUGGCAUAAGGUGAUGCUGCCUGUUGUCAUGGGUGAGCAAAUAUCUUCUGAGCUGUUGGCAGCCACCUUGGCAGAGUUGGAUGUGACCCUGCAGGUACUCGAGGACAAGUUCCUCCAGGACAAAGCUUUCCUUGUUGGGCCUCAGAUCUCCCUGGCUGACCUGGUAGCCAUCACGGAGCUGAUGCAUCCUGUGGGGGCUGGCUGCCAAGUUUUUGAAGGCCGACCCAAGCUGGCUGCAUGGUACCGGCGAGUGGAAGCUGCAGUAGGGGAGGACCUCUUCCGAGAGGCCCAUGAAGUCAUCCUGAAGGUGAAGGACACUCCACCUGCUGACCCCACUGUAAAGCAGAAGCUGAUGCCUGGGGUGCUGGCUAUGAUCCGGUGAGCUUGGAAGUCUCACCUCUACACUACCCUUGACAGUUCACAAAGCACCUUUGUGUCCACUGACUCAUAAGAAGCAGGCCCAGAAAGCAGGAGAGGCUUGCCCUAGAAGUACCACACUGUGGCCCUCCAAGCCAGAGGUCAAUUCCCACUCUCACUUCCACAGCAGCCUGAAAAUCACCAAUGACACAAAUCCAAGACUUUAAUCGCUGCAUUGUUUAAGUUAACAUAAUAAAUCUAGGCUCUGUCUGAGCCUCAGCUUUCAA